CUAGAGAAGCAGCUCUUUGAUAUUAAGGCUUAAGUUUCCUUCAGUUUUUGAGGUUCUAAAAAAGAUAAAGAAGAGGAGAAUGGCUAAUUUCUUGCAGGAAUCUUCCGAUAAGUUUUGCUACGUGUACUCCUGCGAGCUGGACAAUCCCAUCAGGAUAAAAAUAGGUACUCUUGAAGGUCAGAUUAAAAAGAAAGACGCCAAUGCAGUCAUAUCAGAUCCUCUCCUCCAGUUCUCAGGCCAGUACGUCAGUGAAUACUCUGAUUUCUACGUACAAGCCAUAGUCUAUGCUAAUGGGAAGCCGCUAUGUCUCCCUGUUAGAACGAGCUAUAAGCCUUUUACAAAACGCUGGAACUGGAACGAAUGGCUUCAGAUCCCGCUCCGCUACAAGGACUUACCUCGUAAUGCCAUAUUAGGACUCACAGUCUAUGACAUUCAAGGGCCUAGGGAGGUAACACCAGUCGGUGGUACUACCGUGUCUUUGUUUAAUCGUCACAGUUGUCUGAGGCGAGGAUUCCGGGACUUGAGACUCUGGCCCGAGACUGAGGCCGACUGUAGUCUUCAGGAUUCAACCCCGGGCCUGCCUGUAGGGCAGGAAGGCUCAGAGAUGGACAGACUCGCUAAACUAGUCCAACAGCAUCGGAAAGGUCGUAUGAUGCCCGUCGACUGGCUUGAUAGACUGACCUUUCGUGAGAUUGAGCAAGUGAAUGAGAGGGAGAAGCGAGAGUCUAAUUAUAUUUUCCUAACGAUAGAGUUUCCUAAAUUCCACGUUGAUACUAUUGAGUAUAAUGUGAUAUUUUUUGAGCCUGAUGGUGACCUACUUGACGAAUCGCUAGUUGCAUCAGAUUACAGCGUCGUCCAAGAACCUGAUAAAAACCUUGAGAACCUCGUCGAGUCGAAACACCACAAGCUCUCUCACUCUCUACGUAUCGGCUCCGGAGCGCUAGAGCUAAAACCCAAUCCAGAGACAAAGACACGCCUUCAAGCAAUCAUUCAGCAACCGCCGACUCAGUCUUUAAACACUGACGAUAAGUCGCUGAUCUGGCAGUUUCGAUACUACCUCUCGUUGGAUAAAGGUGCCCUCACUAAGUUCCUUCAGUGCGUUGAUUGGGGGUCUAACCAAGAGUCUGAGGAAGCACUGGACUUGCUUGCUAAAUGGCAGCCUCUAGAACCAGCUGCAGCUCUAGAGUUAUUGACGCCGAAAUUCCAAUCGCCCGUUCACCCUCGAGUGCGAAAGUAUGCCAUGAGUAGAUUACAGUGUGCAGAUAACGAGGAACUAUUGCUGUAUUUAUUGCAGCUGGUACAGGCUUUGAGGUACGAGACCCCUAGCUUCAGUGAGCGAGCAACUUCUGCCUUUGUGCCUACACUUGUUGCAGACCAGGUUUACAGUGAAGCUACACACACUCAGUUAGAGGCUCAGUUGUCCGAUGCUUUCAAGGAGGACGAUGAAGAGGAGAAAGGUUUUGUGUCUCUCUCUGUUCGUGAGACCAACAGUGACAGUGAUAGUGAUGAUGGAGACGAGUCUCGCAGAAUUGGAGGUCUCAUGAGUCCCGACACACCCCCAGUCUUGGGACGUGAUUAUAUCAAUCCGCUGGCUAGUUUUGAGUCGAGUAUAAUAUCAGUUGAUCUUAGCAGCAGUACCUUAAUGAGCGCCUCAGUGGUUGAAGUGGAGUUUCCUGACCUUGCUAGUUUCCUGAUAGCAAGGGCAUGUCGGAGCACAAGAUUAGCUAACUAUUUCCACUGGUAUGUAUACGUUGAGUGCCAGGAGGACAAGGACCCAGCCUCCAAAGAAAAAUACGAAUCAAUUCGCUCAAAAUUUUUGGAUGAUUUAAGAAACAGUCCAAGGCCAAAAUGGAGGAAGAGGUAUGCAAUGUUAAUACAGCAGGUUGAGCUGGUGGAUCAGUUGUCUGGACUUAUGAAAACAUUAUUAGCUUCUAAGGAUGACAGAAUAAAGAAAAUGGAGAAGUUACAGAGUAUCAUUAAAGGUGAUGUUGGUCUAGUACGUUUCAAGCAGCUCAUUAGACUACCAGUUGACCCACAUAUCCAGGCUACAGGUAUAAUUCCUUCAGAGGCUACACUGUUCAAGAGUGCUUUGAUGCCUGCUAGAUUUAACUUUAAAGUAAAAUCUGGAGAGAAAUAUUCCGUUAUGUUUAAAGUUGGCGAUGAUUUGCGUCAAGAUCAGCUGAUACUUCAAAUGAUAAUGUUGAUUGAUCGUUUAUUAAGGAGAGAGAACUUGGACUUGAAACUAACCCCAUACAAAGUCCUUGCUUGCUCUGGCACUUUAGGUUUUGUUCAGUUAAUUCAGAGGUCAGACACUGUUGCACACAUUCUUGCAACACACAAGUCUAUACAGGCCUAUUUCCGUGCCCAUGGUUCAAGUGAUAAAGGAGCUUAUGGUAUUUCACCUGAGAUAAUGGAUACUUACAUUAAGAGUUGUGCUGGUUACUCUGUUAUCACUUACCUUUUGAGCGUGGGGGACCGUCACCUUGACAACCUGCUCCUAAUGGAGACUGGCAAUUUAAUACACAUUGAUUUCGGAUACAUCCUUGGACGAGACCCAAAGAUAUUCCCGCCUCCAAUGAGACUAAGCAAAGAAAUGGUUGAUGCUAUGGGGGGUACUUCAAGCAAAGAAUUUUCUCAGUUUAGGGAGCAUUGCUAUAAUGCUUUUCUCACUUUGAGAAGGUCUGCUAAUUUAUUUUUAAAUCUUUUUUCCCUAAUGCUUGAUUCGGGUGUUCCUGAUAUUGCUCUAGAACCCGACAAAACAGUUCAGAAAGUGGAGGAUAAGUUCAGGCUAGAUCUGUCGGAUGAGGAAGCGGUCAAGUACUUGCAAGGUUUGAUUGACUUAAGCAUUCGUGCUAUAUUCCCAGAAUUAUUUGAAAAGAUACAUAAAAUUGCUCAGGAUUUUAGAAAAUAAUAAUUACUGUUCUAGUUUCUUUGUAUGUAUUAUUAUUAUUGUUCGAUCACUUCUUUUUAUAAAAAAAUAAUCAUAAGUAAUGA